AUGGACGGCGAUUUGUCGAUAAUCACGGAGAGGGCGGCCAACGAGACUACUGUUGAAUGUGAUAGAUUUGGUAAUUGUUUUGAGAGUGAUCAUGUUCCAUUUUGGCUUACGAAGACGGGACAAAUAGUCAGAUGGUCAGUCUUUUGGGGAUUGUUUAUCAUCUUCAUGCUAUGGAUUAUUAUCGGAUAUUGGCAUGCGAAGAGAAGAAUAAGGAAGGGCUUAAAACCAUUGGCAUAUCACAGGUGGAUGCUGAACAGACAACAACGAGCACAAUAUGACCCGGCCUACCAAAAUCCCAACGUAUAUUAUAAUCAAUCUCCAGCAGACGGACAAUAUGGCAUGCAACCAAUGCCCCCUCCAAUGUAUGAUUCGAAUGCGCCAAUGCCACCCACAUAUCAACCACCUGCAGGAGCGACCAAAGUCGACCCCUCACAAUGGAGAUCACAACCAACGAGACGUCCAGCAGAUGAUGGUGGAGAGUCCGCUCCAGAGUAUGAGGCGCCUCCUGGACCCCCUCCAAAUGUUCACACAAAUAAUACUGGCGCGAGCACCAAUCCAUUCCGAGGUUAG